GCUAGUUGUCAACACAGAGUGGUGCACUGACAUAGCAACCAGCCCCAUUGGUCACGUGGUGCAGGUUGCGACGCCGUCAUCAUCAGGGCAGAGAUUUGUGAGGAAUAAGCAGACAGAAGCAGGGGAGCUUUGGAGGUGCGCCGCUUUCAUAGCUUUUUGCAUCGUUCCUGGUGUCCUUUUUUUUUUUCCUCUCCACCCGACCAGAGAGCAAGAACAGAGUAUCUGUUCAACAUUUUAGAAACCCAAAUGCCCGGUCCCACCCAAGCCCUUUCCCCAAAUGGAGAGAAUAACAACGACAUCGUCCAGGACAACGGAACCAACAUCAUUCCUUACAGGAAAAAUACUGUGCGGGGAGAGCGCGCCUACAGCUGGGGGAUGGCGGUCAACGUAUAUUCUACCUCAAUAACCCAGGAGACUAUGAGCAGGCAUGACAUCAUUGCCUGGGUUAACGAUAUUCUCUGCCUAAACUACACAAAAGUGGAGCAGCUCUCGUCAGGGGCUGCUUAUUGCCAGUUCAUGGAUCUGCUCUUCCCUGGCUGCAUCAGUCUUAAAAAGGUCAAAUUUCAAGCUAAAUUGGAGCAUGAAUACAUUCACAAUUUCAAACUCCUGCAGGCCUCCUUCAAAAGGAUGAACGUGGACAAGAUUAUUCCAGUGGAGAAACUUGUCAAAGGCAGAUUUCAGGACAACCUGGAUUUCAUCCAGUGGUUUAAGAAGUUCUUUGAUGCCAACUAUGACGGUAAAGAGUACGACCCGGUGGAAGCCAGGCAGGGUCAGGAUGCCAUUCCACCGCCUGAUCCUGGUGAGCAAAUCUUCAACCUGCCAAAGAAGUCUCACCACGCAGCCAGCUCCCCCACGGCAGGAGCUUCAAGGUUGAGCUCUGCUACUCCCAAGGUCUCAACGCCAACAUCCAGACCCUCUUCAGCCAAAAAGAUACCUGCAACUGUAUCGACUCCUGCCAAAGGGGAGAAAGAACUGGAAGUGCAGGUCACUCAUCUUACUGAGCAGGUGAACACAUUAAAGUUGGCACUGGAAGGGGUUGAAAAGGAGCGGGACUACUACUUCAGCAAGCUGCGGGAAGUGGAGAUGCUGUGCCAGGAACAGGGUGAAGAAAACAGCCCGUUUGUCGAUCGGCUAAUGGAGGUGCUUUAUGCUUCGGACGAACAGGACCGAGGGGAUCUGGCUGAGGGUGACGGGCAGGAAGCGGACCAGCAAGCCCACGAGGCGACAUCACAAGAUCCGCAGGAAGAACAAGAUGAAUACUGACUGCCAGCAUCCCUCACCGCAGUUAAAACUCCUCUUUUUAUUAUGUGAGAACUGUCAAGGAUUUUGAAUUUCUCCUCACUGUUUUUAUUUUAUUUUUUUUAUUUUUUUUUGUUUUCUCCAAGAAUGAGCACAUGAAGCAACCUUCUGGAUUAAAAAAUACCAUCACAGGGUUUUUUUUUUUUUUUUUGUAUCUUUGCUCACUAUUUGGUGUUUUUGUGACUCUUUGGUGAACUGCUGUGGCAGGUUUGUGCCCAUGACCUCCACUAGCAGACAAGCUCAGACCAUCACAGACGUUUUCACAGACUGUGUGGGUGGAAAGUAGUUUUGACUCCUGCAGUAGAUGUGAUAAAAUGCUGAAGUUUAGGCAGGUAACCUUAACCUGUCAUUGCAAGUGUUAAACUCUACACUUUUAUUAUUGUUUUUUUUUUUUAUUAUUAUUUCUGUGUCAUUCUGCAUAUCAAUAUUAACCACAAGAAUGCAAUAAGCAAAGCCCUGGAAGGGCCCAUAGUAGCUCUUAUUUAACCUCCUCCCAUGUGUUGCACUGACAUUGACUCUGUUCUGGACAAUCUGUCCAUAGAUCCUCACCGUAUUUAUUAUUAUUAUUAUUAUGAUUAUUAUUAUUAAGCCUUAGAAAUAGAGCAAAAAUCUGCAUUGCAUCCUCGUGAAGGGAGGACUAUCCUGUUACGGAGUUAUGAAUAAAAUGUAGUAAAAUGGCAACUCGUGACUAUUUCACAGCUGUCCUCCCAAUUACAAGUUUUCAGAUAAUCAGUGUGUCGAACAAUGUGUUAUUGGAGCAGAACAGCUAGACUUGACUAGUCUUAUGAUAAAGCAGCCUUUUUUAGGUUCUCAAUCUCAGCACUCUGUUUGUAUUUUUAGAGCUUUUCUUUUUUAAAACCACAGGUCUUAGAGAGAUGAGUCGGUUCGCUGAGCAGGUUGCCUCAUAAUAUUCCAGUAAGUACAUUGUGUACCCUUUCUUAAUAUUGCAUUUGCAAAAUAUUGAGCUGAACAGCGCACCACAAUGCUUUAGUUAUAUAAUAUUGUGUAAAUGAAAAAGGAAUGUAAACAUGUACUGUCAAUAGUUAAUGAAUGGUAAAUGUUUUUUUUUCUUCCAUGUCCCAUUCCUUAUGCAUUCCCCCAAAAAUGUGUUGCAUGUUUGCAUUUCAUUUGUGAAUAACUUGACCUGCUUUUUACAUAUUUAAUAAAAAAAAACACCCAGA